AUGGCUAUGUCAGGUAGAAGGCUCCUUCAACAUCUACUUCAAGCUGUUCUGAUUCUGUUCCUUUACCAGGAAAGAGUUGUGGAUUCUGCCGUUAUACGUUGCAGGGAAGAGGAAAGAGAAGCGCUGCUUGUAUUUAGACAAGGCCUGAUAGAUUAUUCUGGCAUUCUCUCUUCUUGGGGAAGUGAAGAUAAAAAAGAUUGCUGUGAAUGGAGAGGAGUCUUAUGUCUUCAAACAGGCCAUGUGUACGGAAUACAGCUUAUACCUGGCGUUGAUGGUGAACAGCCAUUGGCAGGUACCAUUAAUGCUUCUUCACUUUAUAAAGCGCAUCAUUUCCGCUACCUAGACCUCAGUAACAAUAAUUUUAGUGGGAGCCCGAUUCCUGAGUUCCUUGAUUCUGUCAAAACCUUGGAGGCCGUUCGCCUCUCUAAUGUCGGUUUUGAAGGACCAAUUCCCCACUGGCUUGGAAACCUUUCCAGGCUGCAACUUCUCGAUCUCAGUGGCAAUGACGGUUUAUAUAAUAUUGGAGACAUUGAGUGGCUUUCUCAUCUUUCUUCUUUAAGAUAUCUUGACUUAAGUGGAUGCGAUCUUCCUGAAGCCGAUGAUUGGUUUCAAGUCAUUAACAAGCUCCCAUUGCUCAAUGAUCUUCGGCUAUUUGGUUGUAAUCUUCCACAGAUUACAUCUUGGAAUCCCCUGAAAGUCAAUGCUACUGCGUCUUUUCUGAACCUUGAUCUUUCUGGAAACCGUGUAACUGAGUCAAUAUUCCCAUGGUUGUUCAAUGUCAGUAGAAAUCUUAAAGAACUUAAUUUGAAUUCUAACCUUUUGCGAGGUGAGAUUCCUGAAGCAUUGGGAUAUUACAUGGUUUCUCUUACUGGUCUCUUUCUUAAGCACAAUGAAUUAGAAGGUGGGUUUCCAAAGUCUAUUGGAAAUAUGAGUUGCUUGCAUGCCAUAGACUUGUCUUCCAAUUAUCUGAUAGGACAACUCUCUGGGUUCUUUCAAAAUCUAUCUGGUGGAUGCACAGAGAAGAAGCUGGAAUCUUUGUAUUUAUCAGGUAACAAAAUCACUGGAUCAGUGCCUGAUUUUACAAGAUUUUCCUCCUUAAAAAUAUUAGAUCUUGCAAAAAAUCAGUUAAACGGAACCAUUUCCAAAAGCAUCGGACAUAUGUUCAAUCUUAAAUUUGUAGAACUUGGUGACAACUCCUUGAGAGGAGUCAUUUCUGAAGAAUUUUUUCGUAAUCUCUCCAAUUUAGAGGGUUUAGACUUAGCUCAUAAUUCCCUUGUUUUGGAAUUAAGCAAUGAUUGGGUUCCUCCUUUUCAACGAAUUUCUUUUCUAGCUCUUGCCUCUUGCAAAAUGGGGCCUCAUUUUCCAAAAUGGAUCAGAAAUUUGGCAUUCUCUGAUAGGCUUGGUAGUCUACUUGAUAUCUCCACUGCUGGCAUCUCAGAUACAAUUCCUUAUUGGAUUUGGGAUAUAUUCAAUCGAGUAGUCUAUUUCAACAUCUCAUACAACCAUUUUAAGGGAAACCUCCCAGAUUUUUCUUUACUACAACCACUUCCAGCUGCCCAAAUUGAUAUUAGCUCAAUCCAUGCUGAGGGACCCAUUUUGUCGCUUCCAUGGGGUGCAUCUUGCAUUAAUCUUUCUGGAAAUAAGUUUUCAGGACCAGCUUCUUUCAUAUGUUCUGUUGAUGCAAAAUAUUUGACCUAUCUUGACCUCUCUAACAACCAACUAUCGGGAUUGCUUCCAGAUUGUUGGGCAAAAUUUGAAAGUUUGCUUGUUCUUAAUUUGGCAAAUAAUGGCCUCUUUGGAAAAAUUCCACCGUCGAUAGGCUCGCUGCAUGAUCUUCUAACAUUGAGAUUGUGCAGUAAUAACUUCUCUGGAGAGGUACCAACUUUCAGCAACUUCACCGGGUUGAGAACUUUAGAUCUUCAGGACAAUGCAUUAUCCGGAAAGAUACCUGAAUGGAUAGGGGAGAGUCUUCCAGGCUUGCUAGUUCUCAGUCUGGGAUCUAACAAAUUCAGUGGGAACAUACCGUUGCAGUUGUGCCAUUUAGUAAGUAUUCAAAUCCUAGACCUUUCCUUCAACAAUAUUUCCGGACGUAUACCCAAGUGUUUCAACAAUUUCACGGCUUUGUCUGAAACAACGAGUUCUUAUGCUGCCAUAACCUAUGAAUAUUUUUCCCACUGGUAUUCAGCUGUACAUGAGUAUAUCGAUAGCGAAUGUUUGACAUGGAAAGGAAGAAAAUAUGAGUACAAAUAUACAUUGGGGUUAGUCAAGAUCAUUGACUUGUCUUGUAAUAAAAUGAUUGGAGCAAUUCCGGAAGAGAUUAUGAAUCUGGUAGGAUUGAUUGCCUUGAAUCUUUCCAGAAAUAAUUUCAGUGGAUCAAUCACUCCCAAGAUUGGUCAAUUGAAAUCAUUAGAUUUCCUCGAUCUAUCGAGAAAUCAAUUCUCUGGUGAAAUUCCAUUAAGCCUUUCUCUAAUAAGUCGCCUCGGUGUUAUGGAUUUGUCAUACAACAAUUUUUCAGGGAAAAUUCCAACAGGCACUCAACUUCAGAGUUUCAAUGCCUCUGUGUACGAAGGGAAUCCUGGACUAUGUGGCCUCCCACUCCCAAAAAAAUGUCCAGGAGAGGUUCCAGGCCAAGCUCCGUCUACUACGGAAGGCAAAAUUCGGGAAGAUGAGUUUUUAAGCCUUGGGUUCUAUGUAAGCUUGAGCCUUGGUUUCAUUGUUGGGUUUUGGGGAGUUUGUGGCACUCUAGUGCUUUGUCAGUCGUGGAGACAUGCUUAUUUCAAGUUCUUGGGUGAUAUGAAAGAUAGGAUCUACGUGAAAGCAGUAAUAAAUUUUGCCAAACUGAAGCAAAGGUUCAAUAACUAA